AUGGCUGCACUACUAGCUGUAACGGGUGAAAUCUUUCAAGUGCUUCAACAAGACCUUACCGGCCUUGAUCAAUUGUAUCAAUCCAUGAGGACACAUCUACAAGAUGAGAUUGUCCAACUCGGCAAAGGCCUGCGUGCUCUGUGCAAGGGCAAAUCGCGGCGGUCAAGGCGGGAGAUCAAAACACGGAGGAAAGUCUUUGAACCCUAUUCCGAAGCUGAGGUCUUUCUAUCUUCUCGUGAGGCCAACGCAGGAACGCGAGAUGCUGGGCACGCCCAAAAACAGUACCAGCUUUUCGCCUGGUCCCUAGCUGCAGAACCCGACAAACUCCUCAAGUUGAGGAGGGAAAGUCUGUCUUUACUUGGGCGCUUUAUCCGAAUGAACGAGGACCUCCUUCGGAUAAAGAAGUUUCAAGAACUCAGUCAGACUGCGCUUGCUGAUAUCCUCAAGACAUUCAAGAACCGCUUCCCGCUGCACGCGCAUCUCACGAGCUCACUGACCCCGUCACUCUUUAUCGAGCAGGAUCCGGCUACAGCACUAUCCUUUACCAUCUCCAAGGAGGUUUUGAGCAUCAUCCCACAACUCAGCGACUACCUCUGCCCAAUAUGCUUUAGCGUUUCUUACAAGCCAGUCAGACUCCGUUGCCGUCACCUCUUUUGCAUUAGAUGCAUGGUUAUUCUACAGAGGCAGAGACGAGAUCCUUGUCCGUUGCGCCGCGAAGAAGUUGUUCUGGAGGCUACUUCGGAUAACAUAGAUGAAGAGCUGCGUAAAUUCAUGGAGGCAAAUUUCAAGGCUGAGGUUGCGAAAAACAGAGACAAAAUGGGGUUGCGGCUGGGAUUGAUCAAUGGGGUGCUGCGUACGAGCAAUCCCAGAAAUGCGCCGUCAUGUAG